AGUGGCGUAAGGUGAACCCGAGUAUCUCCGAACUCGCCCGACGUUUACCGAGCCGUCCGUCCAGCCGGACUGCUGGAAGCAGCAGCAACAACGCCAUGUUGAGCAAAGUCUCCCAUCUUUAUGAGAUAUUCCUAUAAUGCGACUCAUUAACGUGAUGUUACUACGCAAAGCGGAGUAAACAAACCCGGAGACGGCCAUCUGAGGAGGCGGAGAAGAACAAUUCAACCGGGGAGAUCCAGGGUGGCUGGAGGGGGAUACAAACCCCCUUACCGUCCCCAUGCAUAGAGCAGCUACAACCCCCGACUUCAAAGAUAAAAUGACAUUUUUGGUACUAAGAGCCAGAUUUGAAUGAAAUCCAUGGCAUAAGGAUAUACACACGUUCCGGCCUUCGUAGAGAGAAGAAACGGCCAGAUAUUGUUGGAACGUGCGAUCGUUUUCAGCUGCGUAUUGUUUGUUUUGGUUUAAAUUUCUGCAAUGAGUUUGCCACCGAAAGUGGUCCCGAAACCGGCCGCUGUCGCUGUUAGUGGACAUGUAACCGGACCGGCACCGCCAACGCAACUCCGCGCAGCGCUGACCUCCGUGUCGUUACCACCGGGAGCCCAGAGCGCUCCUCCGCCGUCAGCCGUGCCGCCUACCCAGAUCCCUCGAGCAGCGCUAUCACUAGAAGAACGCAUGUUUCCCACCCACUCUGGGGUGACGGCAGUCUACAGUGUAUCUAGACACCCUGGUCCUCCAUACCAAGGUCAUGACCUCAGCAAAACCCACCCAAAUCUGGCGGGCACCCCUCCUGGCCACGCCACGUCCCCAGCCCUCUCUCAGGUAUCAGUCCCUGCCGCCCCCUCGUACCGCUUCCUCAAGAGCUGGGAGACAGGUGGGCCUCCAUAUAACCCAGCUCAGAAUGCAGGCUCCGCCCCCUUGGUGUACUCGCCACAGACGCAGCCAAUGAACGUACAGCCGCAGACUCGGCCGCAUUGAACAUCCCUGGCAGUC